UCCCCCCAAAUACCAAAACCCGCGGCUCCGCGUCCGCCGAAGCGGGCGCACACACGGCGGGCGUGCGCUUCUCACACUCUCCCCUCCCCUCUCCUCCCCAGUCUCCCUCUCUCGAGCUCCUCCGAUUCCCCACAAGCCCCGCGAAGGCGAUGCUUCGACCCUCGCCGCUGAUGGCCGCCGCCCCUGCCGCCCCCGUCAGGGGCAGCAUGCGGAUGUUCCACGGCGACGUGUUCCUCGGCGAGACGGAGGUUUUCUCGAUUAAGCCUGGGCCCGAGGGGACCCUGCCGUUCCCCAGCAACGAGAUCCGCAUCAGCCACCUCUCGCCGGCCAGCGAGAGGUGCCCGCCCCUCGCCAUCCUGCAGACAAUCGCGCCCUUCUCCGUGCGAUGCAAGCUCCAGGCCAAGCCGCUCCCUCCCCAUCCGAGCCUUCACCGGCUCUACAUCACUUGCUUCAACGAGUACAAGAGCGCAGUUGUAGUCGUUGGAGAUGAGGAACUGCACCUAGUCGCAAUGCCAAGCAAGGUCGAGAAGGUGCCGUGCUUCUGGUGCUGCUCUGUACGUGCUGGCCUCUAUGCAGCAUCAGUUGGGAUGCUCAACCUCCGGUGCCUUGCUAUUGUGUUUGAUCUUGAUGAGACCCUCAUUGUUGCAAACACAAUGAAAUCCUUUGAGGGCCGGAUUGAGAUGCUUUCCCGCAGGAUGGAUGUUGAAGAUGACCCUGUCAGGGUAGCAGGGAUGUCUGCAGAAAUCAAGCGGUAUAUUGAGGACAGGGAGCUUCUCAAGGAGUUCAUUGACACAGAUACUGUCACAGACAACGGCAGAAUCAUUGGGACCCAGAAGGAGGAGGUUCAGCCUAUGCCUGGUGUCCAGGAGCGUCUUGUCCGGCCUGUAAUCAGGCUGCCAGAGAGGAAUGCAAUUCUGACCCGCAUCAAUCCAGAGAUUCGCGAUACUAGUGUUUUUGUAAAGCUAAGGCCUGCCUGGGAGGAUUUGAGAAGUUACCUAACUGCCAAGGGACGCAAAAGAUUUGAGGUCUAUGUAUGUACGAUGGCCGAAAGAGAUUAUGCUCUUGAGAUAUGGAGACUUCUUGAUCCAGAAGCCAAUUUGAUCAGCUUGAAUAAUCUUUCAGAACGUGUAGUAUGUGUAAAAGCAGAUUCCAGGAAGUCUCUGCAGCAUGUUUUUAAAGAAGGAGGAUGUCAUCCAAAGAUGGCCAUGGUUAUUGAUGACAGGCUGCAGGUUUGGGAUGAGAAAGAUCAGCCUCGAGUUCAUGUUGUCCCAGCAUAUGCUCCAUAUUAUGCCCCACAAGCUGAGAUGGCCAAUGCAGUUCCAGUGCUUUGUGUUGCGAGAAAUGUUGCUUGCAAUGUUCGUGGUGGUUUCUUCAGGGAGUUUGAUGAAAAUCUAUUGAAGAAAGUGUUUGAACUAUUGUAUGAAAAUGAGCUAUUGGAUCUUCCAUAUGCUCCAGAUGUCGGUGACUACUUAGUCUGUGAGGACACUAAUUUUGUGCCGAGCAAUAAAGAUCCUCCCCCUAUACCUGAGGGUAUGAGUGGAGCUGAAAUAGAGAAGAGGUUGAAUGGGCGGGCAUAUCAGGGGGACCAAAGACAGAUAUCAUCAUCAACCCGUUCAGCAGAUGAUGUACGAGUGCCAAUACGAGCCACUCUGAGUGGUUCAAAUGUCCAACCCAAUGGUGGCUCACUGGCAAUAACCCCUUCGACGUUUGUCACGGUUUUACAAGAAAUUGGGCGACUAUGUAACUCCAAGGUGGAGUUUAGGUCUACUGUAAGCACCAGCAAGAUUACACAAUUUUCUGUUGAGGUUUUAUUUAGUAAUGAGAAGAUUGGAAUUGGCAUCGGAAAAACAAGGGAUGAAGCCCAAGUAUUAGCUGCUGAAAAAGCUCUCCGGAAUUUGGAAAGCAAUUACUUGUCAUUUGUUGCUCCUAUUGGUGGAGUCCUUAAUAAAGACACAAGCAAGUCUCCUAGGGGUGGAAAUGGCUUUCUGGAAGACGUUAUGGAUUCAGAUGGUGAUAUUGCUAUGCAAGAACCAUCUGGAAGUACAUCAGAACAGAAGGAUCAUUUGAAUAAUGUGGAUAGUGUUUGGAGGACCAACAUGUAGUAUUUCGCGAUCAGAUCCAGAAUCCUGGCACGGCAACAAAUGAAGAAUACCAUUUUCAGGUUGAACUAGCAGGACAAAUUCUUGGGAAUGGUGUUGGUGUGAACAAAGAUUUUGCCAAGCUUCAGGCUGCAGAAGAGGCGCUGAGGUUCUUGAGAACAACUAGUGAUCCGCAGAUUAAGAAGCACUUGAGACCAAUAAGAUGCAACAGUUGAUGUCCUCACCCUCUGGAUCCACAACUAAAUGAGUUAAAAGAAAGAUGGAAUGUGAAACCAGCUUUGCAUUUAACAAUCCCAAAUUCCAUCUACAAAAUGGUUCCAUGGGAUGGAUUUGCUAGAAGCACCUCUCUGUGAGUAUGGUUGUUGCCCCCUCAACCAUGAUGUGUAUCUAAUGUUAGCACUCGUAGGCUUGGAUUGUUAACUGUUGUAGAUGGUACAUUAUAGAGAGGGAAAUGGUGCUUUGUGGAUUCCUUUGACAAUUUGCCCCUGUACAACGACUGAUGUUCUCAUGUCGAUAGGAUAUACUCACGUAGUUGGCUGUAAACAGGUAGGAAUGUAGGAUGAGCGAUGGAUAUUAACUGUUUUCCUGACAAACCCAGUCGGUUGUAAAUUGUCUAGGAGCAUUAAAAGUGAAAUGCUCGUGCUGAUCUUUCAAGUUUAUAUGUUCAUAAGCAAUGAGAAUCAUUUUUGUAA